GUGAAAUUUCACGCGAACGAUUUGCUCCAUUAGGUUUGUCGCGUUGCUCACAUUUCCUGGCGUUUGAAGCGAGAUAGAUAUUUAUAUGCGGGUGUCAAAAAGAGAAAGAAAGACAAACUGCGGAAAGUGCAAACAAUGCAAGCAAUGCGAACAAACUUAUUUGUUGUGGCUGUGUUGCCGAUGUUCAAUAUACUUGCAAUAAAGUACAAUUACGGUUCUUUCAAUUCCAAUCUAUAAACUUAAAUAUUAGAUAAUGAUUUAUAUCGAUGGAUCGUUUAGAUUGGCCAAUAAAUGAUGAAUAAGCUGGAGUUUCUCUUGAGUAUCUCUGUCGCAGCUGUUGUCGCCGCUGUCAGUUGUCGCUGCCGUUUGACAGCUUGGCCCUCCGCUUUUCGAUUUCACUUCCCCUUCCCGAACAGCCGAAGUCAGAUUUCCAUAUAACGCUCCCUGUCAGGAUCGUUAGACCGAGAUAAAGCAACAUUCUUGCGUGGAUUAUGCGUUAAUGCGACGAUCGACACCGUGAUGGACCCCGAACGAUUAAUAAUGGGACCGUUCCGAAAGCAAAUGACAUGACAUUUGCGCGCACAGUGAUGAGGAACUGCGAUAUUAAUCGCCGUGUGUCAGUGAAAGCGAAAAAUGUUCGUCAGGGAUCCUUGUGGCAUCGUAUGCAUUCUCGUCACCUAUGUGGCAGUGUUUUACGCUGACUAUGUCGUGGUACGGUGGAUCGUGUUGCACACUAUGCAAGACAGUUUAUGGGGCCCCUUCCACAUAAUAGCGUUCAACACUAUUGUACUUCUUCUGAUGAUGGCACAUUUGAAGGCUGUCUGUAGUGAUCCGGGUAUAGUGCCCUUACCACAGAGUAGAAUAGACUUUUCUGAUAUUCAUGUUUCCGGAGGAAGCGAUGACCAUGAGAGUGACGAAAAGGAUGAUUGGACAGUGUGCACUAGAUGCGAAACAUAUAGACCACCUAGAGCACAUCAUUGCAGAAUUUGUAAGCGUUGUAUCAGAAGAAUGGAUCAUCAUUGUCCAUGGAUCAAUAAUUGUGUUGGAGAGAGAAAUCAAAAAUACUUCAUACAAUUUCUGGUAUAUGUUGGUGCAUUAGCUAUUUAUGCUAUUAUUUUAGUCAUUACAUCCUGGAUUUAUGACUGUCCUCAGUGCAAUAAUGAUAUUGCAGUCAAACAAAACCGCAUUUUACAUUGUGUGAUAUUAGUUUUGGAGUCGGCAUUAUUUGGUAUGUUCGUCAUAGCGAUUUUAGUUGAUCAAUUCCAAGCGAUUUUAGGUGACGAAACCGCUGUAGAACGCGUACAAGGUAUACAACAACGUUAUAAGAAUACACGAAUGUUUACACUUUUAUCUCAAGUGUGUGGAAAGAGUCACCCAAUAUUUUGGCUGUUGCCUUGUCACAAUCCGCCGCGUUAUUCUUUUAGAAAGGAUGCAUAUUUAAUCGAUCACGAAGUUUAAGAUUAUAUAUAAAAAGAGUGUGUAUUAUGAGUUUACACAUAAAUAGUAUUUCUUUUGUAUUAUUAUUUUGUAUGUAAUUACAUUAGGGUGAUUCAUUCCUUGAAUUAAUAUCUUAAUACGCCUUUAUACAAAUUAUUGAUAUAAUAUAGAUUUGAGACUUGUAGCUAUAACGUUUCUACAGCGUGGAAUAAUAUAUAAACAUGUUUAUUAUAUAUGAGAUGGUUAAUAUAUAUUACAAACAUAUAUUAAUCAUUAUUAUAUACACAAUUGUAUUUAUUUAAAUUGUAAACAAAUAAGCUUUAAUUAACAUGCUAUUACUUAUGUUGUAAUAUACAUUACUAAUAACAGUACAGUGAAAAUGUAUAUUAUGUUAAUAAAUUCAUUUUUUAUCUUUUAAAGUAAAGUAUAUUUAAAAUAUUUAAAACUAAGAGAGCGAUACUCCAAAUGAUACGAAUAAACACUAAUUCUUUAAGAUAUCGCUAGGAACUGUAUCCUCGCCUAAUACUCUUUAUUCACAGGAAGGAUUGUAUUGUAGUAUUCUGGAAAAUAAAAUGGUUAAAAGAACUUCAA